AAAUCUUUUGGGCAAAUAAAUAAACGCUUCCCCAUUUAUUUACAUUACAAAUUACAGUAAGUUCUCUGAAGCUUCAACCAAAUUGACGGCAACUGUUGGAGUUUUCUCCGGGAAGCAAAAGAACCCCAAACCCCUCAAACCUCUCGCCAUUUUCCGUCGUCAAAGCAACAUCGGCAACUUAUCCGAAAUGGUGAUUUCUCCACCAGUUAGGCCAGACAGACUGCUGAAGUAUCUCAAACCUUACGUGUUAAGGAUGCACUUCACAAACAAGUAUGUAAAUGUUCAAGUAGUUCACACACCAACAGCAACAGUGGCUGCUUCUGCAAGCACACAAGAGAAAGGCUUAAGGCUUGCCAUGGUAGAAUCAAAAGAAAAUACUAGAGAUGUUGCUGCUGCAGCAAAAAUAGGCAAGUUGUUGGGAGAGCGGUUGCAGGCUAAAGGAGUUCCUGCCAUAUCUGUUUUCUUUAAGAAAGAACAAAGAUACCAUGGAAAGGUCAAAGCAGUUAUUGAUUCGGUGAGAGAAGCAGGCAUAGAAUUGGUUUGAUUGCAUUUCCUUUCCUCUCCUAGGCAAAGGAUUUAUAUGUUCUAUUAACUCUACUUGGGACAAUUUGCUUGCCUCAGUUGUUGCAAUUUGCAAUGUAUAAGAUGUCAUUUCUGACAUUCCUUGUGUUUUGAAGAUUCUAUUCCAAGAACAAGGUUCAUAGUCUCGUCGCCCCAUAUUUUGCUGUCUGCAAUUUGGAGUUGCUUUUCUAAUCAACAAGAAAAUGAUAAAAUUUGUUCCCUGAGUUGGUAUUUUAACAUUUGUGAAAUGAAACAACAGUUAGUUCCUGUCUUUUUA